AUGGAGGCGAAGGCUGUCGUUGGCGAGGAGGCCUACUGGAAUGGGCGCUGGACGAAGGAGCCCAUCACGGUGCCGGCGAAUGACCUCUCCGUGCUUCGCGGGUUCGGCUGCUUCGACUUCCUCACGACCUACCAAAGGCGUCCCUAUCGCACGAAGGAGCAUGUGGCGCGCCUCUUCCACUCGGCAGAGCUGCUGGGCCUCACCGUGCCUGCCACCCAGGACCAGGUGCGCAUAAACUUCUACUAA